AUACAAUAAAAAAAACCACUUAUUAAUAUUUCCCCACCCGAAAACAAAAAGGAAAAAAAGUAGAAAAUAUCAAAGAAUAAAAAUCAAAUUUCAAACAAAUUUUAAAACAUCCUGAAAAAACCAGGGGCAGUUAGCAACAAUGGCGACAACUCCGCAAGGCACCGGAAACAACAACCAGAAUAGCAAUAAUACGACUCCUCCUGAUGUUGAUGAUUUCCAUUUUGCUUCCUCUCAACUCCUUUCUGUUCUCGACUCUAAGGACGACGCUUUACAAGUGCUUAAAUCAGAUCUGAUGGAUGCGCUUAACAAAGGGAUCAAGUCAUUAGACGAAGACAAUUGGAUGUAUGAGGGGCCUCGAUCUCGAAUAAACCUUGUAUCUAAGCCAGGUGGUUCCAUGGCAUUGCGGAACAUGAAAUCCUAAAUACAUGGAAUUUCAGCUCAUCUUGAGUCGAGGUUUCCCUUAUAAGUUAUUGUUUCCUUUGUAUCGUCUUCUGUAGGCAAGCUUCAUUUUGAGGCCAUUGUCUUGCAUAUAUAUCAAAAUUCAGAGAUGAUUCUGUUGGUUGAAGAAUCAGGGCUUGAAGACAGAUAUACAUAAAAUAUAUGUACACACACGUUAAAUAGUCCGUUUAUUGUUUUAACAGUUUUUCAACAAGCAAGGGACAAAAUGUUGAUGCUGCCCUUUACUUUUGACGACUAAUGUCUAUGUACACACACGACAAGUUGUGUGUAUCAGUUUUCCCUUUUAUAACUUUCUUAAUGAGAUAAUUUUAUGGUGAGAAUAUUUGUAUUGAGAUGUUUUAUGUAUAUUUAGUGUGUUAAAAGUGCUCGUUUACAAUUUUAAAGUUAUCAAUUAGA